ACUUUAGGUGUCCUUAUAGUCUAAAAAUUAAACUUCUUAUCUUUGACUUUACUGAAAUCUUUUUGUUACUAUAAUAUAAGCCAGAGAUUUUAGACACAAAUCUUAUUGCUUUUUAUUAUAUUAUCCUUAACUCUAUUUUUGACCGACUACCCAAAAGAAGGAGGUACUAUUCGUCUGUAUGUUUUUUUUUAAUUACUCAUUUCGUAAUGUCCGAUUAACUCGUUUGUUUUAGUUUAACCUCGGUUGUCAGAAUUGGAAGAGAACAUUGAUAGGUACGAUUCAUAAUUCCGGUCUUUUCCUAUCACUGCCGUUGACUGGGAUUAUAUCUGAUAGAUAUGGAAGAAAGAUCGCUCUAUCGAUAGCUUGCUUGAUGAACGGCAUAUUCGGUUUCAUCAGAUCUUUCUCAACCAGUUACAUAAUGAUGUUAAUCUUGGAAUUUCUCGAAGCUGGUUUAGGAGCAGGCGCUUAUAGCACUGCGUUUGUAUUAGCCAUGGAACUUGUUGGACCAAAAGGAAGGGUAUUUGGUAAUACUCUUAUAAACGCAGUCUACGUUCUUGGUCUUAUGACGUUAUCUGGUCUGUCCUGGUGGCUGCAAGACUGGAGGAUGCUAAUCCGAAUCAUAUACGCUCCAGCAUUUCUCGGAUUCACGUAUCUAUGGAUUUUAAACGAAAGUGUAAGAUGGUUACUAAGUAAAGGUCGAACCAACGAAGCUGUAGAUAUACUAAAGAAAGCAAUGAAAAUGAAUAAAAUCGAUAUAACUGAUGAUGUUUUAUCACCACUGUCAGAGUUAGAAGAUAAUAAGAGUAAAGAAGUGCCUAAAGAGGUAGAAAAUAAAUCCUCAUUCGUCCAAGCUUUGAAAUCUAGUGUUAUUAGGAAACGAGUGUUUGUGUGUUCGUUCUUAUGGAUUACUUGUACAUUUGUGUAUUACGGGUUGUCAAUAAAUUCAGUGUCGUUAGCCGGUAAUAAGUAUUUGAACUUUAUGCUGGUCGCGUUCGUUGAGAUUCCAGCGAACUUUGUGUGUUUGCUUGUGUUGGACAGAUUUGGUAGGAAGCGGACUUUGAUUACCACUUAUGUGUUGAGUGCGUGUCUCUGCAUCAGUCUGUCUUUAAUUCCUAAAGAUCAGAAAUGGUUGCCACUCGUGAUCUACCUGUCCGGUAAGUUCUCGAUCACGGUGGCGUACAGCUCAGUGUAUAUCUACGUGUCGGAGGUGUUCCCCACCAGCGCGUUAUACUACGACAACCUGCCAGCGAUAUUCUUCGGCAGUAUGACUUUAGUCGCCAGCGCGCUUGUGUUCACUCUGCCAGAGACAAUCAACGUGCCUUUGCCCAACACCGUGGAAGAGGCGGAGAAGUUGUCAAAGAACUCGCCUAAAUAG